AUGGUCUCAUUGAAGUGGAGGAAGCGAGUAGACUCGCCGACCUCUGUUCCCGGUCAGAACGAUCUCACUGCCACUACCUUUCUCGCGGAAGGCAACCUCAAGUAUGCGGUCGAAAAGGGUGAGAACAGCAACGAGCCUUCUUACCAAGAAGUAUCUGGCGCGCCAGUCGAGACCCGUUCACCUCUAGGCUAUCAUGUCGGCAACGUCACCAUUCUGUUCCUCAACCUAUCGAAGAUGGUCGGUACUGGCGUCUACUCAACACCGGCUUCCAUUCUCAAGGGUACAGGCAGUGUCGGCCUCGCUCUGAUCUACUGGUUUAUCGGCUUCCUCAUUGCUGGGGCUUCUCUAUCGGUCUACCUGGAGUUCGCGAGCUACUUUCCAAACCGCUCAGGCAGUGAAGUCGUUUAUCUGGAACAGGCCUUCCCACGUCCGCGAUACCUUUUCCCUAUCACCUUCGCGAUUCAGUCCGUGUUGCUCUCGUUCAGCGCCUCGAAUGCGAUUGUUCUCGCACAGUACCUGUACCGUAUCAGCGGCUCCACUCCAACGGCCUGGGAACUAAAAGGCGUGGCCGUCGCAGGAUACACUUUGGCUUUCCUCUUUGUGGCCUUCUCAACCCGCUGGUCCUACCGUGUCUCAAACGCCAUUGGUCUUGUCAAGCUUCUAACGUUGAUCUUUGUUGCCAUCACCGGCCUGGUCGUCCUAGGUGGAAACGUCUCCCGUGUCCCAGAUCCCCACGCCAACUUUCGCAAUGCAUUCUCUGGAUUUGAAGGCACAUCAGCCUCGGCGUACGGCGUGACAAACGCCCUGGUGAAGAUCAUCUUCUCUUACGCAGGCUAUGAGAAUGCCUUCAAUGUCGUGAAUGAGGUCAAGAAUCCUGUCCGCUCCAUUCGCAAUUCGGGUGGCCUGUCACUCCUUAUUGUGGCGACGCUCUAUGUGCUGGCCAAUGUCGCCUAUUUCUCCGCGGUGCCGAAGGAAGAAUUGGUCAAAUCAUCGCAGGUCGCGGCCAGUUUGUUCUUCCAACAUGUUUUUGGGUCGAGCGGAGCCGUCCGAGGUCUCAAUUUUCUGAUCGCACUGAGCGCAUUUGGCAAUCUGGUGGCGGUGUUGUUGGGCCAGUCGAGACUGAUCAGAGAGUGUGGGCGCCAAGGCACUCUUCCAUUUCCAAAUUUCUGGGUCAGCACUCGACCCUUCGGCACUCCCCUGGGCCCUUACUUCGUCAAAUGGGCGCUGACAAUGCUCAUGAUCCUCGCACCACCCGCAGGCGAUGCUUUUAACUUCGUCGUCGACCUCGCCAACUACCCUGCCUCGUUCUUCAACUUCCUCAUGGCGGUCGGGAUCUACUUUGUGCGGCACCAGCGCAGGCGCCUCAACGUGCCUCCGCCGUCAAAAGCAUACCGCUUCCGCUCAUGGCACAUCGCCGUCGUCUUCACCAUCGCCGUCAACCUGUACAUGCUAAUCAUGCCGUGGUAUCCGCCGACGGGCGGCGCGACGGGAGGGGAUGUCAGUUUCUGGUACGCGACCUACGUCGUGACAGGCAUCGGCAUCCUCGUCGCCUGCGCCGUCUACUACGUGCUCUGGGUGCACGUCUUGCCGCGCUGGAGAGGCUACCGGGUCAGACACGAGAAGGUGCUCCUGGACGGCGGCGAGGUCACGCACAAGCUCGUCAAGGUUCCGCUGGACAGGCUGGAGGCUUGGGACAGAGAGCACGAUGCGCAGGGAAGGAAGUUUGGCUCCUCUGAGGGCCGCAGCGACGACGACGUUGUCGACGUGCACCAUCGUUUUGAAGAGAAGAAGUUGUGA